AAUGUCUACAUCUGUUGAUGCAGGAAAUGCCUCAUCACAAAAAUAGUCGUCGCCAGUUCGUAGGUUGGAUACUGUAGCAAUACAAGAGCAAGUAAGAGAGGAACUAGCAGCUUGCAUUACUAACCAUAGACAAAUUUCCUUUUUUACUCUCUUAUUCUUACUCGUUUUUUUUCAUCAAUUCAUCUCUCUUUUCUAAAUAGCAGAUGCGAGCGCAUUCACAGGUCCAUAGUGUUAAAGAGAAUCAAAUAACAUUCCACCAAUGGCAAGGAGAAAUUUUGACCACGUGUGAUCAAUAUUCCCCUACUUAGUCUUUCUCAGUUAAAUGUAAGUUGACGUAUAACGUAAGUUAGUUAAAAACAACCAUCUGACAGUAAUACCAUUCAUAUUCAAAUUUUAGUGUUUGCUAUUUUUUUAUACGCGCAAUUUAUCGUCAUAAAUAAAUCCCACUCUGCAGUAUUCCAUCUAUUUGUUCCGAACUUUAAAACACAGUAUUAUCAUUUGAACGGUAAUUAAUUUGAAAUUAAAUAUGGGUGUGUGCAUUUAAAAAAUAUGUUGUGAUAUAAGCUAAUGAAAUAUUCUGCGUCACAAAAAAAAAAAAAGUUAAGAUAAGAUUACACGUUGCGAUAAAUUGAGAGAUGACUGAGACAUUAUUCAUGGUCUGCAAAAAAAAAUAUAAAUUUUUUAUACAAAGAUGACAAUUAUUUAAUUUUCAAAAAUGAAUGAUAAAAAAACUAAACAAGAACAGAUAAUAUUUAUAAAAGAAAUAUUGACUGCUGUAAAUAAAGAAUUUUUAUGUCAAGGCGCGAAAUUUAAAAGUCUGAAAAAAAUAGCUAAAUUAAAAGAUGAUAGAGAUAAGAAAUUUUCAUAUUUUUAUUUCUUUGUAUCCAGAAAAUUUAUUCUGACUGUCUUUGCAUCGUUUAUUAUUUCUGUUAUUUUAUACAAUCCAAAUAUAUAUUUGUUAAUUAAUUCUAUUUACGAGAAACGUUGCUUCAUUCCAAACAACUAUUUAGUGUGGGAAUUUACAAGACCGAUAUCGAAUUGUGAUUUUUGCCGUGGAAUAAAUACGGCUUUAGUUUUAACGAAUCUUACAAGAGAAGACUUUACGCCAUACGCUUAUUCGUCGAGACCGAUUAUUGUAAAAAAUGCCGCCGAAACAUGGAAAGCGUCGAAAAUCUUUAAUCUAGAGUUUUUUAAAAAUUUGUAUGAAAGUAUAGACGGCUCUUACGAAUCAAUUGAAGAUGAAUGUCAGUUUCUGCAUUUUAAAAGUAAUUUUUCAGUAUUGAAACAAGUUUUGACAAUGAAUAAGCAACGCGCAUCGAAUUAUUUAAAUGAAAAUCCGUGGUAUGUUGGAUGGAAAAAUUGCCAUCCGCAGGUAUUAGAAGUCAUGAAGAAAUAUUAUGACAUACCACAUUUUCUACCGGCUGAUGCGGAAGUUCCACAAAUAAAUUAUAUUUUUAUAGGAUAUGAUCAGGGAGCAAUUAUGCACUUGGAUUACAUUCCACGUCUUAUGUGGCAAGGACAGAUCGUUGGGAAAAAAAUGUGGUCGGUUGCACCGACUCCUGAAUGUGACAGUGUCUGCAAACCUUUCAAUUUUUCUGUAGAUACUGGAGAUAUUCUAUUACUUGACACAAGAAUCUGGUAUCAUGGGACUCAUGUUGAAAAUAAUACUCUAAGUCUUACUAUUACAUCAGAAUAUGGUUGAAACAAAUAUUUAUUUUAAGGAUAUAGUGAUGUCCUUAUAUUGUAUGUAAUUUCAUAAUUGUAAAAAUGUAUAC